AUGAUACUGAUUUUGAAAAAUCUCACAGAACAAUGCAAGGGACAGAAUUGCUUUGGAUGGCAGUGGAGUGGUUUCGAACCAUCGAUCGUGCGCUCACACUAUGACUUCUCACUGCAACACACGCCCAAUGCUGUGAUGCGGUUCACGUUGUGCAACGCCUUGGAAACAGGCGCAUCGUGUGUUUUUUCACACUUCUCGGUGCACGGGUGCUGUCGGUAUCAUGAGCUCCUUGUAAGAAUGACGAAAGGCUACUGGAAGUUCCGCUCUUCCUUGUUCUGUGCCACAAUGCUAGCAGUCGUUGGUGUUGUUAUAGUUGCUAUUCCAACGUCUUUGUGGCUUUACUCGAGAUAUCACUCACAGAAACCCAAAGUCUACGCGAAAACGGAUGGGAAACUUUUAGAACGUGUUAGUAAGCACAUGCCUGUUUUAAAGAAGGUCUACACUCUACCAUGGUGGUGUCCAUUCGGUGAUGCGCAAACUAUAGUCAGUGGAACUUUGAGGAAAUGUCCUCCCUUGCCAUUCAUAAGAGAAGUGAUUGAAUUCGAAGACGGCGGCGCACUUGGAAUCGAUUGGCUUCAUCCGGAGGGCUGCGCUGACGACGCACCUAUUAUCUUCUUCCUACCAGGAAUCACAGGCUCAACUAGGGAUUGUUCUUACAUACUGUAUCCAGCACAAGAAGUAUGUGCUCGGAAAUGGCGUGUUGUUGUUUACAAUCCACGUGGACUAGGCGGUGUUCGUUUACGUAACAGAAUAGCUUAUAACUCUGCUCGUCACCACGAUGUAGCAGAGGUGAUAAAGCGCAUAUCGUCGAGAUAUCCUCGAGCGAAAAUGAUAGGAUGUGGCUUCAGCAUGGGAGGAAUGGUGUUAUGGAAUUACCUCGCAACAUGUACUAAAGAAAAUGUAGUCUUGCAAGGAGCACUUAUCGUCUCUACACCAUUCGAUCCCUCAUCAACAACAAAUUCGUUGGAGAAGUUUUUCGCAAAAUACACCUACAAUCGCCACAUUACUAAGAAGCUGGUAACAUUUGUCGAAAAAUAUAAAGAGCAGUACGAAGAUCAUGAAGUGAUGAAUUUUGAUCAUGUGUUGCAAUCAGUGACAAUUCGAGAGUUCGAUACACGAUUCACUGCUCCUGUCUUUGGGUACGAUUCCGUUGAUCACUAUUAUAACCAUGCGGCACCUAACAAAAAGGUUCAAAAGAUUCCUGUUCCUACUCUUUGCCUAAAUGCGGAUGACGAUUGUUUUAGUCCAAAAGAAGCAAUUCCUAUCAAAGAAAUGGGCGCUAGUGAAUCAGUCGUGGGAGUGGUGACACGUGGAGGUGGACAUACAGCUUUCCUUCGAACUGCAAAUCCAAACCAGGGAGGCCUAGUCGACGAAAUACUUAUUGAAUGGGCUACUAUGCUUAUUCACGAUCUCCAUUAA